AUGCCACCAUUACUCAUUGAGAAGCAUGCUUCAGAGGUGUUUACUUGCUCUAUAUUUUAUCAGGUUCAAGAGGAGGUGUAUAAUGCUUGUUUUUUCUGUGGGAUUGAAGAGUUCAUAAGAGAAAAUGACUUGGAAAUUGCCAAGAUAAAUGAGGUGAAUCGUAAAAGAACUUUUGAGGUGGUGUUUAAUAACACCAAUUAUGAAACGAAUUGUUCGUGCAAGAUGUUUCAAAGACAUGGCUUACCUUGUAGGCAUAUGGUUUGGGUAUGGGAGGCAAAGAACAUAACCAUGAUUCCUGAUAAAUAUGUUCUUAACAGAUGGACUACAAUGGCAACAAAAAAGCCAAUCUUUGACUUGGAAGGGAAUAUUUUAGACCAAUGCACUAGAUUGGUGGACAAGAAGAAAACUUUGAAUGAGUUAUGGUCUGAGAUCUAUAGUUGUGUAAGUGUGGCUGAGCAAAAUGAAGAAGAUCUCGUUGAACUUGUUAAAAACCUUCGGGACUUGAGAUUGGACAUGGAGGCCAAAAAGAGUGCAAACAACACUCGUAGCAAAACACAAGACAUGGAGCUCCUAAUUGGAUCAGUGGCGCCUAGUGAAAUAACCAUCAAACCCCCAAAGAUAUCAAGUAACAAGGAUAGUGGCACUAGAAGUGGAAAAAGGAUAAAGGGAGAGAGAGAGAGAGAAGGCCAUUGA